CUCCAGUCGGUUAGAACAGCCGAACGGUAAACACUAACAUUAUAGCGCGUUGGAUGUGACAUGGAGUUAUAGUUAACUUUCGAAGGCAUUUCUCUUGAAUGAUGAACCUGUCGUUUAAUGCCACCUAUCUACCGGUAACUAUGUUGGGUAACGGAUCGCACAAAGUAGCUUACCUUCUAAAUGAGUCUUUCAGCAACAUUGCCGGUUGGAAUUAUUCCCAACACGAAAACAAUACUGACGACUAUAACUACCACACGCCAGACCACUACACGAACAAUAUUUACUACGAUCAGAAAAUGCAUGAAUCAUUUUUGAGCAGUAUCCAUAGACAUUCUGCCACUUUUAUAGGUAUUCUUGCAUGUUGGACAUGCUUUAUUAACAUUGUGUUAAUAUGUGCCUGCUUAGCAAGCCAAAGAACAAAGUCAGACGCCUUCUACUUACAAGUUAUUAACUUUUCUGUCACAAACAUAUUUAUAAGUGUAUUCGUCCUACCACUUACAGUCUAUUAUAUUCUUCACGUUUGGGAACUAGGUCAGCCACUAUGUAGGAUUUGGGUUAUUGCAGACAUUCUUUUGCCAUUUGUUGCUUUCUUAAUUGUGUUAAUCAUCAGUUGUGAUAGACUCAUCCACGCUUCCCACCCGAAACUAUAUUUGUGGCUGUUCCAGAAAUCACUGACCAAAGGCAUAAUUUGUACUCCAUGGGUUAUCGGUCUUGUUAUAGUCGUUCCUAUUUGGACGUCUGGUACAGUUCCAUUUAAUGAAAUGACAAACCAGUGCGUCGUCAUAGUGACAAUCGAAGCUGCAAUUCUGUGCCCAGUGUUGACAUACUUUGUCCCUCUCGCGAUUCUAGGUUUUUUAACAUUCAGAAUGUUGUUAUUGAGGUUUCAGUAUGCGUCGAUCCAGGCUAAUGUAUUCGAAACGGACAGGAACACAAUAAACAAUAACCACUUCGAAUUAGAGGAAACAAACACGACACCUCUGCACAUACCAGGAGACAUUGAAACUCCAAAUUCUAACCGAGUACAAAAGAGAAUCGAUCGACAGGAUACUGACAGCAGUAACGAAAGAGGAGGGGCAGUUGCAAAGCGCAAGUCCUCUAAAAUCGUGGCGGUGUGCUUGGUGAACCUGGUGAACACCGUGUUAUGGUUUCCCUUCCAGAGCAUUAGUCUGCUGCUGUCCGUAUGCAGUUUUCAAUCUUGUAUCCCAUCAAUGGCGCUUAACCAAGUUUUUACGCUCAUGGGCGCCGCCAGUGCUGGAGUCGUUCCACUCUUCUGGUUAUUUGAUACUGAGAUAAGGGAGAACAUCACCAAACUGUGUUCAAGAAAGCAAACUACGAAUCUGCAGGAAAGUGUUUACAGCGACGAAACGUUUAUUUAGUAAAGCAAUUUAAUUGGUUUUUCGGUUUUGUUAUGUGAUUUGUUCUCUUUCAGAUGUUAGAACUACUGUUUUAUAUCAAUUGUCUUUUUUAAAAAUCUAUCUCCAUCAUUCGAUAAAAAUUAUCAUUGUAUUGUAUCAAUAUAAAAAUUCUUACAACUGUCAAGACAAUAUGUAACUAAAAAUACGUUGUAUCAUGACUAAGUGUUAUAUUAUUGUGUGGACAAUAAAAGAUAAAUAUGCUA